UAAUCAUAUUUUAGCAUCAUACCGUAGAUCUUUGGUAUGUGAAUGUGUUGUACGCGCCCUAAUUGAUGAACUGAGAGGGCAAUUAAUAAUGGAGGCACGGUCAAGGUGUAUGAAGUGUAUACUUGGACAACAAUGGCCUAUGAAGACUUUUGUUUUUGUACUUUUUUUCGUUUGGUUAAAUGCUAAGUCAGCAAGCUCACUAGAUGCAGGAGGUGUGAGAGCUAGCAAUCUAGGGAAGCAGGACAUUGAACAGACUGAUAGUGACAAAGGAGAAACAAAUAUUAAGCAAAAGCAGCCACCAUCUGGAAACAAUCCCUCAUUCCAAGAAGAGGUCGAGGACUCCCAACCCCAGGGACAAGACCUCACACAACCUAACCAAGAUCCUGAGGUACAGAUGAUGGAUUUGAAAACUCGGACUUGGGAAACAGAGGCUGAUACAGAUAGUGAAGAAGUUCAGCGUCCCUCAUCCAGAACAUUGACAACAGGUACUAGCAAAGAUAUACAGGUUGAAGAACUCCAACAGAAAGAUGAAGAAGAUUCUAACCACAGAGAAAAAUUCAAAGAAAAUGAAGAACAUGCUGAUUGGAAUAUUAAAUUAGAAUACACACCAAUUGAAACUGAGAAUAGCAAAGAAGUUGAAACUGAAAAGAUGCAAAGACUCAUGAAUAAUGAUUUCAGUAAAGAGGAAGAACAUGAUGACAAGAGACAAGAUAAUUUUAGACAGAAGUAUGGUGACAUCACUGAGCAUGGAGACCAGGAAUAUUUGGAGAAAUAUAGAGGCAUCCGUAAAGAUGAUCCUGAUGAUGUAGAACAUACAAAAUGGAAGCAAAAUGAGAACAAUAAAGAAAAUGCUGAGACUUUGGAGAGGUUACAUUGGAAUGAAGGUGAGGAGGAUGCUGAGGAUGUGGAGGGGUUACACUGGCAUCAAGGUGAAGAUGUUGAGGAAGAUGCUGAGGCUGUGGAGAGAUUACAUUGGAAUGAAGGUGAGGAGGAUGCUGAGGCUGUGGAGAGGUUACACUGGAAUCAAGGUGAAGAUGUUGAGGAAGAUGAGGCUGUGGAGAGAUUACACUGGAGUCAAGCUGAGGAAGAUGCUGAGGCUGUGGAGAGAUUACACUGGAGUCAAGGUGAAGAUGUUGAGGAAGAUGCUGAGGCUGUGGAGAGAUUACACUGGAGUCAAGGUGAGGUUGACAUUGGAGAUGCUGAUUCUGUAAGAUCACAGUUGAAUCCAGGUAGAGGUGAUGAGGAAAAAGAUGAGGAACGCCCAUUUGACAUGGAUGGUAAAGAGAGAGUUGGGUUAGAAGAUCAAGAAGAUGAGGUAUUUAAGGCUAAUGAUUUCCCAAAUGUAUUUGAUGAGGAGGCUCUGGACACAGGACGUGUGGAAGGUGUGUAUAAACAUAUACAUGGGAAAGUAAAGGAAACUUCUGUUGUCUAUCAUGCUGAUGAGUUUGGUUACACAAGGAUAGAGAAGUACACACAGGUUAUUCGCCAAGAUGGAUCUAUACAUACGACCUAUGAUGAGUACUACCAACAUCACCCAGACAAGGUGACAUACCAGCAGGCUACAGAUGAUACCCACAACCAGAUCCCUCUACCUCAAGAAGAGCCAGAAGAAGAAGUUGAGCUUACAGCUGAAGAGAUUAAAGCUGAAGAGUUCUACAGACAAGGGGAGGCACUUGUCAAUACUACCUACAUGAAAGACUAUGAACAAGCACACUGGUACUUCCAGCUGGCAGCAAGCCUUAAUCACACACAUGCCUUAGAAUACACAGGCUUUGCCCACUUGUUUGGGGACUACCUACCCCAGAAUAUCAGCCAUGCUAUUGAAGUGUUCAAGGACCUUGGUGAAAGAGGAAGUCCCAGAGGUCAACUGGGGAUGGGAUUUGUAAACAGUGCUGGCAUUGGCAGGAAUUCAAGUCAGGCAGAGGCCCUGGUCUAUUUCACCUUUGCGUCGCUUGGUGGAGAUCCUUUGGCCCAGAUGGCUUUGGGAUACCGGUACUGGGCAGGGAUUGGUGUAGAGAUGAAGUGUGAGACAGCUUUGACUUACUACAAAAAAGUGGCAACCACAGUGGCAGAUGCAGUGACAGUAUCUGGGGGACCAGUCAUACAGAGGGUGCGACUCCAGGAUGAGGUGGAGAAUACUAAUUCAGGCCAAAGUGCUCUCAUGGAUGAUGACCUUCUUCAAUACUACCAUUUUCUGGCAGACAAAGGAGAUGUGCAGGCACAGGUUGUCUUGGGGCAGCUGUACUAUCAAGGAGGCAGAGGUGUUGGAAUCAACCAUGAGAGAGCUCUCCAUUAUUUCCUGAUGGCGGGAGAGUCAGCCAAUGCCAAUGCCUAUGCCUUCCUUGGCAAGAUGUACUCUGAGGGAAGUCCUGCGAUCAAACAGAACAACCAAACUGCCAUACAGUUCUUUCGACAGGCAGCAGAAAAGGGUAACCCAGUUGGACAGACAGGUCUAGGUGUGAUGUAUAUGUAUGGUAAAGGUGUAGAGCAGGAUUACAUUAAGGCUUUCCAGUACUUCACACAAGCUGCUGAGCAGGGCUGGAUGGAAUCCCAACUACAACUAGGACUCAUGUACUUCAGUGGAAAAGGAGUGAGGAGGGACUACAAGCUGGCUGUGAAAUACUUCAACCUUGCCUCACAAGGUGGUCACGUUUUGGCUUUCUUCAAUCUGGCUCAGAUGCAUGCCACAGGCACUGGUGUACUGCGGAACUGUCAUACUGCAGUGGAGCUGUUUAAAAAUGUGGCUGAGAGGGGUCGUUGGGCAGAGAUGCUAUCUGAGGCCCACAGUCUGUACAAGGAGGGUAAUCUGUUCCAGUCACUUGUCAAAUACACCUUCCUGGCUGAACUUGGCUAUGAGGUUGCUCAGUCUAAUGUUGCCUACAUACUAGACCAAGGUGAGAUAGGGGAUUUCCAGGAAACAGAGAUCUAUGAGCGAGCAUUACUGCAAUGGGCACGUGCAGCAGCACAGGGAUCAACAUCAGCGAGAGUUAAGAUGGGUGAUUACCACUACUAUGGACAGGGGACUAAGAUAGACUAUGAGACAGCUGCAUCCCACUAUCGUGUGGCAUCAGAGCAGCAGCACAAUGCCCAGGCCAUGUUCAAUCUGGGUUACAUGCAUGAGAAAGGCCUGGGGCUUAAACAGGAUGUGCACCUAGCAAAGCGUUUCUAUGAUAUGGCUGCAGAAACAAGUAUGGAUGCCCAGGUGCCAGUUAUGCUGGCUCUUGCCAAACUUGGUGUCUUUUAUGGAGUUGACGUCUUCAACAAGGAGAUAGAAGACUAUAAUCAGUUGUUAGUGAAACUGGAUCCUCGUAACUACCUUGGGCCGGACUGGGAUAUCUACGUGAUGACAUUCCUAGCUCUUCUCCUCGGCUUCAUUGUACUUCUCCGAAGGAUCCGGUAAUCCUUGGAACAUCUCUGUGUAGGAAAUAUAUACAUGGCAAAUUUAUUGGUGCUAUGAAACAACAUGGACAAAUGCUUAAUAGAUAAUAGGAUCAAGAUGUGUUCAUACAAAUGGCAUUUAUAGAUAAUUGUGAAAAAACAUUAUUUUUUCAUAAGAAAGACUUGGAUGCAGAGGGACAUGGAUGAUGGAGAAAGACUUAGUUGAAAAAUAGUCUUCUCAUUUAGUGGUUCAGGUUAGAGUUUGACCUGUUGGUAAUGCACACCAAUCCAUGCCAUUGUCUGUGGUCUGUGGACAUCUUUAUCAGAACAGGUUAACAUUACUGAGGGCUGUAGCAUAUGACAUCAGGAAAUCUUCCAUAAUACAUGAACAAAAUCUACAGUGCCCAGUGUACACACUUGUAUAAUGGUGAACUCCCGGUCUCAGUAUGUUACAAUAUAAGAACUGGGAUCUUAGUGGAAGUCUUAGAAAACCACAAUAUGUAAUUUUGAAAGUUAUCAUUUACCUAAGAAAGAAUGGGUCUAUUUUAGAUGGGGAUUACUAGAAUAUUGGUAUUAUUGGUUAGUAUAGAUAGUAACUUAUAAGAAAUGGGUUACAGUAUAGGACAAUAAUUGAUAAGCUACUAUGAUACAGGGUUAGAAGUCCCUUACUUUCAGGCAUAGUCAUAUAGUAGACCCUACUGGCUAAAUAUUAAGGCCAGGUAAUAUUGAAUUUAUAGGAACCUGACACAACAACUGGAUAAACUUAACUCAUUAAUGUGACACAGGGACUAUAUAAUGUUUAUAAUUCUUAACACAACACCAGAACUGAAUAUUAUUUCAUUUCCUUGUCAUCAAUUUCUUGUGAGGUUCCACCAGAUUGGUAGGGAUUUCCAAAACUUACUGAGGUUCUUUUGGAGUAAUUGUGUGUCUACAUGUUUUUAUAGGCGUUUUCUUUUAACUUUAUGUUUCUUUGUUUUUCUAAUAUCUAUGUGAUUUGGACACUUGUUUCACUUUCACUUUCUAAUUUUUCCUUAUUGAUCUAAUACAUGAUUGAACUGUGACGAUGGAUGUGAUGAGUAUGGAGAAUAGUUUGAAAGUGUAUUUUUAUGUCAUAGAAACUGAUCGUGUUUAUAUACAAAUCUGUAUAGAUUUAUGAUGCUAUUUAUUGUGUGAAUGAGUGUAAAAAUGAUCAUUUGGUGGUGUUUGUCUGAUCAUGAGAGUAGCUAAAAUUAUUCAGGUUGUUUGAUUGUAACAAAUAAAAGUUGGGAAAGUUAUUUUUUAUAAGAACAUGUGUAUGUGGAUAUUUGAUUGUGUGGUGAGUGAAGUGUAUAAAAGGUAAUAUUGUCUGACCAUCUGGAACAGGAUUAGGAAUAAAUCAAUGAUAUGGUCAUAUUAGGAUAGAAUGAAUGAUUAUAGCUCAUGGUGGAGUGUACCAGAUGCUUCAUUUAAUCAAAAUAUAGAAUUGGUUGAGUGUAUAUGUGUACGUUAGGAACUCUGAUCGAAUGAGGAAGACUGUUCACAUACAUGUAAGCAAGGCAACCUGUCCAGUCACCUGUAAGUGUUGUGACCUAAUCAGGUACAUGAAACCAUGGUGACUUGCCAAGACAUACACAAGGGAUAAUUAUGGCGACUGACUAAGUACAUGAAACCAAGGCAACUUCCUUAUGUUUAUACAAUAGAUAAUUAUGGUGAUCUAUCAAGGUAUAUGUAACCAUGGUGAUCUAUUCUGGAAUGUGUAACCAUGGCAACCUAUCAAUGUAUAUGUAACCAUGGCCACUUAUCUUGUAUUUGUAUCCAUGGUGAUCUAUUCAGUUACAUGUAAACAUGAUGACCUAUACAGGUAGAUGUAACAAUGGCAAUCUCUCCAUGUAUGUGUUACCGUGGUGACCUAUCCAGGUAUAAAUAAUCAUGAUGACCUAACCAGGUAUAAAUAAUAAUGAUGACCUAACCAGGUUUAAAUAAUCAUGAUGACCUAACCAGGUUUAAAUAAUCAUGAUGACCUAACCAGGUUUAAAUAAUCAUGAUGACCUAACCAGGUAUAAAUAAUCAUGAUGACCUAACCAGGUUUAAAUAAUCAUGAUGACCUAACCAGGUAGCUGUACAUUGUAACCAUGGCAACAUUCCCAGAUACAUGUAACCAUGGUGACCAGCUAAGAUACAUUUGAUAACCACAGUGACUUUCCAAGUUACACAUAACCAUGAUUGUAGCCAGACGUGUACAUUUGGUUUCCUCGUUAUUUGACGUUAUCAUUUUACUAUUGUAAAGUGAAGGAUCAGAGCUGUAUAUACAUAUGUUUGAUAAAAUGGAUAGCAUAACAGGAACAGUAAUGAUCACAGUGUGGACAUCAUUAUAUCAACGGAUGUACAUAUUGGUUAAGCAGUUGUAGAACAGUGGCUAUAUAUACAUAUCACAUCUCUUUAUGGAUUUUUCUUUCUUUGCAUUUGGUUCUUGACAUUUCCUGAUUUAUUUUAUUUGUUUUGUUUUUUUGUGUCUAAAAGUCAACACACGAAGUACAGGUAUGACGUGGUUCAUAAGACUUUACUUGGGAAGGUGAGAAGGACAGGAAUGAUGUGAUAAAUACAAUGUGUCGGUCAAGCUGUAGCAUCUUUGAUAGUUAAUAAGUUAUAUAAAACAUUGUAUAUUGUUUGUUGUUGUGCUUUUGAAUGUUUUUUUUUUUUUUUUAAAUAUGUUUGCUUCAUCAAGAUUAGUUAUAUUUUCCCUGAAGUGAUAUGAUUGUAAGUGAAGAUGUGGUGUGAUCAUGGAACUAUUCUAUCUUGUGAGGGUUUUCUGCCAAGGACUGUUUUUAUUUCACUGGUGUAUCUGCUUUGAAAAACCUUUGUGACAUCAACAUAACUAAAUUUUCAAUGUAUUUGUGAGGAAAGGGAAAAAGUAAAGUAAGCCAUAUCUUUGUUUUGAACUUGUAAUGAGUUCAUUAAAGCGGAUUUUUUCAUUUUUUUGUAUGCUGAAAAUAUUUAUGAAACAAGGCCUGAAGUGUGAGGAUAUGUUUUCAACAUAAAAUGAAAACUGUUACAUUAGCUUUGUAUUUCAUGUAUUAUUAUCAUUAGAAACGUUCUUACUAGGAUGAUUAAAUUCAUUAACUUGGUAUCAAAAUUAAGGAUUGUAAUUUUCCAUUUUACUGCUGCUAUAUGUUAAACAGAAUUUUAACGUGAUUUCAAAUUCAUUGCAGUGCUUUCUUCCUCCAGAUCAAUGAUAUAAGGUGAUCAUAUUUAAUGUAAUCAUGUUAACAUUCCAUCUAAUGAUGUAAACAUAUAUAUUUUAGCAUUAAUCUUAUUUUAGUGCUAAUUGCAAUAUCAUUUUAAAAAAUCCAAUAAUGUGCUAAGAUUUGAUUGGUCCAAAAUAAAUAUGUUUACCGUAGUAGUAUCCUCUAGAUCCUGAGGAGUAAGAUUAGUAUGGUACUUAAUCAGUUUAUAUGAUUGUGUCUCUCCACAUCAGUCCCUGGUCAUGAUUAAAUGUUGUGAAUAAUUGUGUGAGAGGGUGUGAGGGUGUGUGUGUGUGUGUGUGUGUGUGUGUGUGUGUGUGUGUGUGUGUGUGUGUGUGUGAAUUAUGUAGGAUUCCAUUUACUGGAUACAAACAGAAAUAAAACUUGUAUAAUACAAGAAUAAAAAUAAGUACACAG